UCGAGCGGGUGUCCAAAUUCAAAUCCAUCCUCAGCCCGCCCUCACUUUCACAUCUCGCUGAGUCGCACACUCCUAUAGCCAGAAAUCGAGAGAAAGAGAGGGAAGCACACUUUCAAGCGGAUCUAAUAGUAUAGGCUCGCUCGAUUCUCUCCCUAAUUUGAGAUUCCAAAGGAUGUCUAUUCGCCACGAGAAAGAGAAAGGCGUUAAUGUUCAAGUUCUUCUUCGUUGCAGACCAUUUAGUGAUGAGGAGUUGAGGAACAACGCUCCUCAGGUUGUAACUUGCAAUGAGUACCAGAGGGAAGUUGCUGUUUCGCAGAGUAUAGCUGGGAAGCAUAUAGAUAGAGUAUUCACUUUUGACAAGGUUUUUGGUCCUUCUUCUCAGCAAAAGGAUCUUUAUGAACAAGCUAUGGUGCCAAUUGUAAAUGAAGUUUUAGAAGGCUUCAACUGUACAAUUUUUGCAUAUGGUCAAACUGGUACAGGUAAAACAUACACAAUGGAAGGGGAAUGCAAAAGGUCGAAGAGUGGGCCUAAUGGAGAAUUGCCUCCAGAAGCAGGGGUCAUACCCAGAGCUGUUAAGCAAAUAUUUGAUACUCUCGAAAGUCAGAAUGCCGAAUACAGUGUGAAGGUUACUUUCUUAGAAUUGUACAACGAGGAGAUCACGGAUUUGCUAGCACCGGAUGAAAUUUCUAAAGUUGCUUUAGAGGAGAAGCAAAAGAAGCAGUUGCCUCUGAUGGAGGACGGGAAAGGUGGAGUUCUUGUAAGAGGUUUGGAGGAGGAAAUAGUAACAAGUGCAAGUGAGAUAUUUACUCUUCUUGAAAGGGGUUCUGCAAAACGUCGCACUGCGGAAACUUUGUUAAACAAGCAAUCAAGUCGGUCGCAUUCCCUUUUUUCCAUUACAAUACAUAUCAAGGAAGCAACUCCUGAAGGGGAAGAACUAAUCAAAUGUGGGAAGUUGAAUUUGGUCGAUCUAGCUGGUUCUGAAAAUAUCUCUCGUUCUGGUGCUCGGGAGGGCCGUGCUAGAGAAGCUGGUGAAAUCAACAAGAGUUUACUCACUUUAGGUCGCGUUAUUAAUGCUCUUGUGGAGCAUCUUGGGCAUGUUCCAUACAGGGACAGCAAGCUCACUAGGUUACUUCGUGAUUCACUGGGGGGAAGAACGAAAACGUGCAUUAUAGCAACAGUUUCACCAGCUGUCCAUUGUCUAGAAGAAACCUUGAGUACUCUGGAUUAUGCACACAGGGCCAAGAAUAUAAGAAAUAAGCCAGAGGUGAACCAAAAAAUGAUGAAAUCAACUCUUAUUAAGGAUCUCUAUGGGGAGAUUGAAAGGCUCAAGACAGAGGUGUAUGCUGCACGCGAAAAAAAUGGAGUUUAUAUCCCAAAGGAGCGAUACUAUCAGGAGGAGAGCGAAAGGAAGGCCAUGGCUGAUCAGAUAGAACAAAUGGGAGUUACUAUAGAGAGCAAUCAGAAGAAACUGGAGGAGUUGCAGGAAAAAUAUAAUGCCCAAGUUCAACAAUGUUGUAACUUGACUAGAAAACUUAACGCCACCGAGAAAAACUUGAAUCAAACCUGCAAAUUGCUCAGCAGUACUGAGGAAGAACUGAAGAAGUGUCGUUAUGCUUUGAAGGAGAGGGAUUUUGUCAUAUCUGAACAGAGAAAAGCAGAGAAUGCUCUGGCUCAACAAGCAUGCGUUUUACGGUCUGACUUGGAGAAAGCUCUUCAAGAUAAUUUUUCUUUGUUCCAAAAGAUUGGAAGAGAAGAUAAGCUGAAUGCUGAUAAUAGAGCACUAGUGACCAAUUUCCAAAAGGAGCUCUCCCAACAAGUUGGUUCCCUUCAAAACUUGGUGGCUUCAUCAAUGUUGAAGCAAGAUGAACAUCUUCAGUGCGUUGAGAAACUUUGUCAUUCUUUCCAAGACAUUCAUAAUAAGGCGGUGAAGGAUAUGAAGAAGAAAUUGAAAGCUUCAAGGGCUUUGUAUAUUUCCCACAUUGAGGCAAUGCAAAAUGUUGUGCGAUUGCACAAGGCUAGCUCUAUCGCUGGCUUAGAGGAAAUUUCAUCCUCGGCUUCUUCUAAUGCAGGUUCCAUUGAAGAAUAUCUCGCGUCGGAGGCUGUCAAGGCAACAUCAAUAUUUGAUGAUAUUCGGAGUACGGUCGCAACCCACCAGGGAGACAUGGCUCUUUUUGCUAGGGAACUGCGUCAGAAAUUCCAUGUCACUGGUGAGCGAAUGAAGGCGGUUUCUGACUUCAUGAAUGGAUUUCUACAAAAGCUUUUGCAACAAUCCCAAGGGCUUCAGAAUGAUGCAGCACAAGCUGAUGAAAAUCAUUUGAAAUCCAUAACUGAUUUUCAGAAGGCUUAUGAGGAGCAAUCAAAAUCUGAUGCCAAGAAGCUUUUUGCUGAUAUCAGCAAUCUGGUGUCUAAUCACAUUCAGCGUCAAAAAGAGCUGGUGGACUCAAGGCUCCUUGUUCUUAGAGAAACUGCUAUUGGAAACAAGGCAAAUUUGGAUAUGCAUGCUUCUUCUAUGGAGUGCAUAACAACAGAUGGAAAACGAAAAUGGGAGGAAUUUUCUAUGCACGCAGAGAAUGAUGCUAAGGAUUGUGCAGAUUACUCUGCUGUGAAACAUUGUCGUAUGGAAUUACUCUUUCAGCAGUGUUUAACCACUACAGAAUCAGCUUUCGAGCACUGGAAAAAGACUUGUGACUCGGUGAAUGAAAUGGGCAGUAAACAUGUUUCAACGUUGUUGUCACUUACCAGAAGUGCGUCUGAUAGCAUUGAACAACACGAUGCUGAGGUUGGCUCUGCAAGAGUUGCAGCUGAACAAGAUGUUGCAAGGAAUAGUGAUGAUCUCCUUAAGCAUAUUGAAAAUGUAUCAGAACAGGAGCAAGAAUCUGUAUCUGGAAUCUUGGGAGUUGUCAAAGCUCAUGGAGGUACACUCGAGCUCUUCAGGGACGAUCUUUCAGGGCAAUCGACAGCAAUUGAGGGCAAAGCAAAGGAAACAUUUCAGCAGCAAUAUAUGGAUUAUGAGCCGACGGGCACAACACCAGUGAGAUGUGAGCCAGACAUUCCCAGCAAGGGUACGAUUGAAUCACUUCGAGCAAUGCCAAUAGAAAAUCUUCUUGAGGAAUUCCGAGAAAAUAAUUCUUACGAAUCAUUUGAGGUGAAGGAAGUGAAGCCAUCUUUAAUACCACGGUCGCCCCUUUUACAACUUAACUAAUAAUUGGCUGGUCCUGUUUGAUCCAUCUACUUAACUUGCCAAUGAGUGCCAGUUCGUUCAUUGUAAGAAUCUUGUACAUUGUUACUAUUCCCAUCAGAUAGGGUGCGCUGGUGGGUGUGUUUUACAUAAUUCUCGUGUUGAGGAUAAAUUAAUCCCAUCUUGGGAUUUUUCAGAAAAUAUGUAGCUUACCACAAGAAUGUAAAAGUGGGGCAGAGCUCCACAAUUGAGAAUAUAACUAUAAUCAAUCUGAUUAAAUUCAAUUCAUUUGAGAAAUAAUAGCUAUUGAAUUUUUAUUUUGAUUGGGCA